GAUUUGUGUGUUGGGCUUCUUAGACGCGCUACAUAUACAACUUAAAGGCUUUGAUCAUUAAGAGGAAAGUAGGAAACAACUCUCUGUCACAAGGUUAAGCUUAUUCAGAAAAAUAUCCCAGUUAUGCUUAGGACUCUUGGUCAGAUGGCUAUUGCUAAUCCAAUAUUUACUCAUGGUCAGCUACCUCUAUGGGUAAGUCAUUGAAUAUGUCUUACUUUUUUUUUUGCCUUCUACUUCAAGAUUGCUUAUAUGUACUGUGGAAGUUUUUAUUUUUUUUCAAAAUCUAUUAGCUAAACAUUUGUUGCAACAAAGAUUUAGUUUGACCAUUUUAUUUCUCAUCCUCAAACAAUCUGCUGUAGGUGAAAAAUGUUGACCCAUUACUACACUCAUCAAUUGUUAGAGAUGCAGCAUUUGAACAGUAGAUAAAUUCAUCUGUACACUUGAAUGGAUUAUCAUUAUGGAGGGUCACUCAAGGCACACUUGGAUUAGGACUUUCAGUAGAGAUUUUUAGAUCAAUUUUGAUUUAUUGUAGGAUGAAUCCAAGUUAAUUUUAGGUUUGGGUUAAUAUUUGAGCCUUUUUCUCAUGAUUUGGUUUGAUUUUGAUAUUAUUAAAUUACCUUUUUGUCUUAUAAGUAUAAGUUUCACUGUGAGUUGAGCUAGAUUGCUUUUGUUAUUUUGGUGAAGUUUCAUUGUGGUUGAGCUAUAUUGCUGUUACUAUAUUCACAUCUAAUGCCUUGAAUUGUGAUCUUGUUUGUAUAUCCACCCUGUUUGUAAUUAAAUUUCAAAUGGCAUGCAUUGUCUACAGGAAGAGAAUUGAAUCAUAUUGGCAAAAUGCUUUUGAUUUAUUUUUCUCUUUUAGCUUUUUGAUAUUGUGAAAACAAGAUUUGAAUCACAUAUUCUUUUUAGACUUGAACAUCUUGAUAUCAGUGAUAUAUGAUCUUAUACAUAAAAAAAACUACUUCUGUUUAUCUGAUUUAGUUUGUAUUGUCAAGGUACUCUGGUAUGCUUGAAAAGGAGGUAAAGAUUGCUUGUCUUGUCUGUCGCGUCUGUUGUGAUUGCAAAGCAUGUUCUAGAAGUCCAGCUAAAGAUGGUUAUAAGGAUCUUGAAAUUGUUCAGGAGCAUAGGAAGACUGAGCAUGCCGAUAGUGAUGAGAUUUUUCUUGUCGAUGUGACAACUGUCUACCCUGUUAGUCAUGGACAAUUGGAUUGUCCGACUUGUUCUCCUCUUGGAGCUAAAGAAGACUAACUGCCUAGCCAAUUAUUAUUAAGUUAGAGACGGUUCUGUCAACUUUCAUACUAGUCUAGAACUUUUAUGUGCAUAUGCAAUUUGUAUCAGCUUCAAGAACUGGCAAAUGGUCAAAACAAGUUUAAUAUUAAGGAGCACACAUAUAGCUUGAUAUCUAAAUUGCUUCCCUUGCUGAAACAUAUCUAUCAGAACCAAUUAAAUGAGCUAGAAGUAAAGCAAGGGGAUCAAGAAGGUGGAUUUUCUGGUGUACUUCUUCGAGUAUAUGAGCCUCACAAUGAGCUUGUUAACUGUAAUUAUUACAAGACUUCACUAGUGGAUUUUCACAGAAGCUGCUCAAAUUGCUCUUACAAACUUUGCUUAGAUUGUUACGGAAAGAUAGUAAAGGGAACUGCUUCUCAGACACCUGCAAUUGAUUCCUCCUGGGCUAGUAGGAGACAAAGGGCAAAGAAGUAUGUCAUCAGAAAAAUUGUUGGGAAAAGACGGAGACGUUCCACAAACAAGCGACCAGAUAACUCAUCUUUAUCCACCAUUGAGUCUGAUAGCAAGGCUAAGAAUCAUGGAAGCAACAUUCCUUGCCCACCCAAGGAAUCUGGAGGUUGUGGAAACGAUCUUCUUAAGUUAAGUUGCAGCAUACCAUUUGUUUGGUCUAAAACGGACUUCUCUUCUCUCUUUCAACUAUGAUUUUUGUUCUUAGUUUACUAAUAUAUUAUUUAUGUGUUUUUAUAGUUUACAAAUCUCAAGUACUCCAGAGUUGAAAUUGAUGAAGUGCAGUUCGAGUGGGCUGAAUGCAUGC